AUGGGCACUGCGCAGAGCUGCCUGGAUAUGCCUCCGGGAGCAGCAUGGAACCAGGGCAGGCAGGGAGCCUGCCUUAGCCCUACUGCACGACAGAUUGGGAGCCACCUGAGGCGGAAGCGGCCUUGGGCCAAUGGGAGCGGAGCUAGGCGAGUACCGCUGGUCCGGCCGCUCCGCUGCCUGCCCAGUCACCCACCGGCCCAGCGGAGGGAGUCGCUGCAGGUGCCAUUGCUGGAAGCAGGAGACAUCAUAAUUGAUGGAGGGAAUUCAGAGUACAGGGACACCACGAGGCGCUGUAAAGAACUCCAGGAAAAGGGCAUCUUGUUCGUAGGAAGCGGUGUUAGUGGGGGAGAGGAGGGUGCCAGGUAUGGACCCUCGCUCAUGCCAGGAGGUGACAAAGAGGCUUGGCCUCACAUCAAGAAGAUAUUUCAAAGCAUCGCUGCUAAAGUGAACACUGGGGAACCCUGUUGUGACUGGGUAGGAGAAGAAGGUGCCGGGCACUUUGUGAAGAUGGUGCACAAUGGGAUUGAAUACGGAGACAUGCAGCUGAUCUGUGAGGCCUACCACCUGAUGAAGGAUAUACUGGGCAUGGAACAUGAUGAGAUGGCAACGGUGUUCGGAGAAUGGAAUAAGACGGAGCUGGACUCUUUCCUGAUUGAAAUCACAGCCAACAUCCUCAAGUUCAGGGACUCUGAUAGCAAACACCUGCUCCCAAAGAUCAAGGACAGUGCAGGUCAAAAAGGCACUGGGAAGUGGACAGCCAUCUCGGCCCUGGAAUAUGGAGUUCCUGUCACACUGAUCGGUGAGGCUGUCUUUGCACGGUGCUUGUCUUCCCUCAAGGAUGAGAGGGUACAGGCCAGCAAACGGUUGGAUGGGCCCAAAAUGACUCAGUUCAGUGGGAACAAGAAGGCAUUUCUGGAAGAUAUUCGGAAGGCACUGUAUGCCUCCAAGAUUAUCUCCUAUGCUCAAGGCUUCAUGCUGCUGAGACAGGCAGCCAAAGAAUUUGGUUGGACAAUUAACUACGGUGGCAUUGCAUUGAUGUGGAGGGGAGGCUGCAUCAUCAGAAGUGCAUUCCUGGGGAAGAUCAAAGAUGCUUUUGACCGAAACCCCGAUCUCCAGAACCUGCUAUUGGACGACUUCUUUAAGAAGGCUGUGGAGGACUGUCAGGACUCCUGGAGACAUGUGAUCAGCACUGGAGUCCAGAUUGGCAUCCCUAUGCCCUGCUUCACUACGGCACUUUCCUUUUAUGAUGGGUACAGGCAUGAGAUGCUGCCAGCUAACCUGAUUCAGGCACAGCGUGAUUAUUUUGGUGCUCAUACCUAUGAACUGUUAUCGAAACCAGGGGAAUUUAUCCAUACUAACUGGACAGGUCAUGGAGGAAACGUAUCCUCUUCAUCCUACAAUGCCUAGUGGAAAUAUUUCAUCUGGAAGCCAAGAUACUGUAGAUCUGAGACAUUCCUCUUGAUGGCAACCCUUUACUUAUACUGCAUUUGGCUAGAAUUUGUCUGGGCACUUUUAUGAUAACUUGUAUGUAGGUGUCUUAUAAGGAAGGCAAAUAAACUCACUUAUAAAUC